AUGACUGAGGACUUAGACCACAGAUUCAGUUGUCUCACCUGGGAUCAGAUUCAAAUCCUGGAUCAAGUUUUAGCUGAGGCUAUUCCUAUUCAUGGCAGAGGAAAUUUCCCAACCUUGGAUGUAAAGCCCAAGGAUAUCAUUCAUCUGGUGAGGGAACAGCUCAUUGAGAAGCAGAUCCACGUCCGAGACAUCCGCCUGAACGGGUCCACAGCCAGUCACAUCCUGGUGAAGCAGAAUGGAACCAGUUACAAGGACCUAGACAUCAUUUUUGGAGUGGAGCUUCCAAGUGAGCUGGAGUUCCAGGUUGUCAAGGAAGCAGUUCUUAAUUGCCUCUUGGACUUCUUGCCAAAAUGUGUUAACAAGCAAAAAAUCACUGCUCAGACCAUGAAAGAUGCUUAUGUGCAGAAGAUGGUCAAAGUCUCCACCGACCACGACCGCUGGAGUCUCAUCUCACUCUCAAACAACAGCGGCAAGAACGUGGAGUUGAAGUUCGUCAACUCUCUCCGGAGGCAGUUUGAGUUCAGUGUGGACUCCUUCCAGAUCAUCCUGGACUCCAUCCUGGAUGUCUACAGGGAGACAGACUUCCAGCUGACCCAAGACUCUCAUCCCACCGUCAUCGCCGAGAGCAUGUAUGGAGACUUCAACCAAGCGAUGGACCACUUGAAAUACAAACUGAUCUCCACCAGGAACCCCGAGGAGAUCAGGGGAGGUGGUCUCCUCAAGUACAGCAACCUCCUGGUUCGGGACUUUAAGCCGGCAGACGAGGCUGAGAUUAAAUCUCUGGAACGUUACAUGUGCUCCAGGUUCUUCAUUGAUUUUCCAGAUGUUGCUGAGCAGCAGAGGAAAAUUGAGUCCUACCUGCGCAACCACUUCAUUGGGGAGGAGAAGAGCAAGUAUGACUACUUGAUGACCCUGCGUGGAGUCGUAAACAAGAGCACAGUUUGCCUCAUGGGACAUGAACGACGACAGACUCUGAACAUGAUCACAAUUCUGGCUUUAAAAGUACUUGGAGAACAAAAUAUCAUCCCAAACGCAGCCAACGUGACUUGCUACUAUCAGCCUGCUCCAUAUAUCAGUGACAGGAACUUCAGCAAUUACUACAUUCCUCAUGGACAGCCUCCUGUGUUCUACCAGCCCUACCCAUUUCACAUACAGGUGCAGAGCAGCAUGGUUUAG